AUGGAAUCUUCUAAUGCUGCCUCUUCUUCCUCUUCCUCGUCAGCAGCACAACGAGAAUCUUUAACAAACAUUCCACCUACAGCCUCAACUUCAACACAACCUUCACAAGCUUCAGCAAUUCCAAAUGAAAUUCCAACGAAAAAGCAGCCCGUUGUCUUAUUAUGUAUCGGGAUGGCCGGGUCUGGUAAAACAACGUUUAUGCAACGUCUUAAUGCGCACUUGCAUAGUAUCAAGAAACCACCAUACGUGAUAAAUUUAGAUCCAGCUGUCACUCAAUUGCCAUUCACUGCAAAUAUUGACAUACGAGAUACAAUCAAUUACAAGGAAGUAAUGAAACAAUAUAAUUUAGGUCCAAAUGGUGGUAUUCUCACAAGUUUAAAUUUAUUUACGACAAAAUUUGAUCAAGUGUUAGAUUAUGUGGCAAAAAGAGCGCCAACGCUAGAUCAUAUAAUACUGGACACACCUGGACAGAUUGAAAUUUUUACGUGGUCCGCAUCUGGAGCCAUUAUCACCGAUGCAUUGGCUGCCACUUAUCCAUGUGUCGUUGCAUACAUAAUCGAUACACCGCGUACAACAAAUCCUGCUACUUUUAUGAGUAAUAUGCUGUAUGCUUGUAGUAUUCUAUACAAAACCAAAUUGCCAUUCAUACUGGUGUUUAACAAGAUUGAUGUUGUAUCACACGAAUUUGCCGUUAAAUGGAUGACAGAUUUCGAGGCAUUUCAACUUGCAUUACAAAAAGAGACAAGCUAUAUGAAUACUUUGAUGCAUUCAAUGAGUUUGAUGUUGGAUGAAUUCUAUCAACAUCUCAGACUGGUGGGUGUCUCGGCAAUGACUGGUGAAGGAAUCAAUGAAUUCUUUGAGGCGAUCGACAAAGCAGUUGAAGAAUAUGAGACCGAAUAUAAACCGGAAAUAGAAAGACUAAUACGUGAAAAGGCAGAAAGACAAGAAAACGAAAAACAGGCACAAAUUAAUAAACUGAUGAAAGAUAUGGAUGUUUCUGGAAAGGAUGAAGACGAGGAUGAGGAUGAUGAAGAUUAUGAUGAUGACACAUUCAAAGAGGAAGAUUACAAGGAGAUUGAACGACACCAGAAAAAACUUGAUGAUCAAAGUUUCAAGAGGUGGUUGUCACAAGCAAAUGAAGGUGGUGGCGGGAUUUAA